GUCACGCCUAUAACCAGGCAGACAGAUGUGUUUGUGCAGGCUAUGACAAUGGUGAUAUCAAGUUAUUUGACCUGAGAAACAUGCAGCUUCGUUGGGAGAAUAAUGUUAAAAAUGGUGUUUGCGGUCUAGAAUUUGACAGGAAGGAUAUCAGUAUGAACAAACUAGUUGCAACAACAUUAGAGUCAAAAUUCCAUGUGUUUGACAUGAGAACUCAGCAUCCUACAAAAGGAUUUGCCAGUGUGUCUGAAAAGGCACAUAAAUCAACCGUGUGGGGAGCGAGACAUCUACCACAGAACAGGGACAUCUUCAUGACAUUGGGAGGAAAUGGAUCACUUUUCUUAUGGAAAUAUUCAUACCCCCACCAGCGAGUGGAAAAGGACAGUGAAGGGAAUGAGAGGGGAGUUCCUGGGACUGUGAACCUCGCACAGAAUAUUACCAUGACAACACAACCAAUCAGUUCCCUAGACUGGAGUCCAGACAAGGAGGGACUCUGUGUUUGUACCUCAUUUGAUCAGACAUUACGUGUCCUGGUGGUCACAAAACUUAACCGCAUGUGAGGAUGAGCUUCAAACUUACUUUAAAUAUCAACAUUCAAGACUCAACAUAUUGGUUGUUGCAGGAUUUAGCUGGAUUUUACCAAAAUCUGUAUUAAGAUUAUAAUCCAUGACUAUAUCAGUUGCAUGUCAACAAAAAGUCAUGAGUUAUGACUUUACAGUUGGUGUAUUUGAAUUCCACAAAUAACCGUGGUGAUUGCAUCCUCUGGCAACUGCUAGAGAGAAAAGAUCAUGCUAACUGACACAGAAGGGUAAUACACUGGGCCACAGAGGGAAUAUUUGACCCAUACAAAGAUCAGGAGGUCUGCUUCCAGUAGUCAUGACUGAUAUGAGGGAAGAAGUGCAACUCAUGUAAAUCAUAAAAUAACAUACUAUAGCUGCAUUCUACAUUCAAGAUAAUUUCUGUUUUCAUAAAUGCAGCAUAUAAGACUUAUUCGUUGCUGAGUGAUACAGGAGUAUUACCCUCUUAAGGCUCAAAGACCAAGUGAUAUAAUGGCCAAAGGUGUAUACAGCCUAUUAAUAUGAUUCUGGCCCAUAUAUAUGUGUAGGUAAAAUUCUUUGCAAUACCAUUACCUACAAAAAGGAAAAAGUAGUGUGUCCAAAUAGAAAAUGGAAUAUAAACAUUGCGAGAGUCGGUGAUACAAAUGAUGUGUGGUUGCAAAGACGGUUUCUAUUAUAUUUUCAUUCAUUCUUUUAUUUAUUUUCAAUUAUGUUAAUUCAUCAAUACAAAAAUUGAUCGAGGUACUAUUUUACAAAUGGUGUUUGAAAUCUUACCUCUUUGAGUGAACUGUUUGAUUUAUUAUCAGUAUUAGCAUACAUUACAUGUAAAUCCUCUGUGUUUGUGGUUUAUCAUACAAGGCUACAAGCCAAGAUCUUCUAAAUUCUAUUUUGUUUUUGUGUUCACCUCACAUACAUUGUAGAAUGUUCACUUCACAUACAUUGUAGAAUGUUCACCUCCCAUACAUUGUAGAAAUAUGACCAUACUAAAGAAAUUCUUUAUGUAAAAAAUAAUGUAAUUUCAUGACAAAUCAAUAUAUUGCCAGUAUAA